GCGGGAGAUCCCGGAAGCGGGGUCUGUCCCGGGCCGGGGAGUCCAGCUGCCCCGCUGGGCCCGACUCGGAGCCGCUCCCCGGGGAGCUGGGACCUGGGGCCGUCGGUGGUUGCACAGACACUGUCCGCUGACCUGGCAGCCGGGAAGAAGCCCCUGCCCGCCGCUGUGAGCUGGCUGCAGGGGACAGAAGUGAGUCAGCCGGCCCGGGGACCCCUGCCCCGAGUGUGAAGCCUUGGCAGGACCCUUCAGGCAUCCGUCUCUGCUGCUUUUCCUGGAGCUGCCCAGGGCGCUGGACACCACAGCCCCUGCUGAACCUUUGGCGGACCAUAAGAACCGAAGCGUCCUUUGCCAAGAUGAGGUGUGUGGCUGUGGCCACAGACGGUGCCGAGAUCCUUUUCUACUGGACCGACAAGGAGUUUGAGGACAAUCUGCGGCUGCGGUUUGGGCAGGGAGAGCAUGAAGGCGAGCUGCCGGCCCUGGAGGACCAGCUCAGCACCCUGCUGGCCCCGGUCAUCAUCUCCUCCAUGACUAUGAUGGAGAAGCUCUCGGACACCUACACCUGUUUCUCCACAGAGGGCAGUGCCCACCUGUAUGCCCUGCACCUGUUUGGAGAGUGCCUGUUCAUCGCCAUCAGCGGAGAUGGCACAGAUGAAGGGACUCUGCGCCACCAGCUCUGUGUACUCAAGUACCUGUUUGAGGUGCACUUCGGCUUGGUGACCGUGGACAGCCAGCUCAUCCGGAAGGAGCUGCGGCCCCGGGACCUGGAGCAGCGCGAGCAGGUGUGGAAGCACUUUCAGAGCCUGCUGCGUACCUACAGCCGCCUCAGGGACCGGGAGCAGAGCUUCGCCGUAGAGGCCGUGGAGCGGCUGGUGCACCCGCAGCUGUGCGAGCUGUGCGUGGAGGCGCUGGAGCGGCACGUGGUGCAGGCCAUCAACGCCAGGCCUGAGCGGCAGCGGGCGGGAGAGGAGGUGCUGCACGCCUUCCUGCUGGUGCACACCAGGCUGCUGGCCCUUUACUCCAGCCACAGCGCCCUGCGUCCCGCCGACCUGCUCACCCUCAUCCUCCUGGUGCAGGACCUGCAGCCCAGCGAGAGCAGCGCCGAGGAUGACGGCGUCGAGCCCUCCCUACGGCGGCCCAGGAGCAGCCAAAACAUCCCCGUGCGGCCAGCGGCGCCAGCAGUCCCCCGGAGGAGUUCCACAGGGACGGUGAGUCUGUCCCCUGAGCGAUGGCAGGCCGGGGCCGUGGGGAGCAGGGUGGCGGCUGACCCCUCUGCUCCCCGCCAGGAGACCGACAGCCUCUCUCUGCCCGAGGAGUACUUCACGCCCGCCGCAUCCCCUGGGGAGGAGAGCUCAGGUAGCACCAUCUGGCUGGAAGGGGGCACCCCACCCCUUGAUGACCCCCCUGUUCAGAUUGCGGAGGACAUCCUCCAGACGCUGGUCCCUGAGUCCCCAGCACUUUGCAGCCCCCGGAGGAUUUUCCUGGAUGCCAGCGUGAAGGAGAGCUACUGCCCCCUGGUGCCCCACACCAUGUACUGCCUGCCCCUGUGGCCUGGCAUCAACUUGGUGCUCCUGACCAAGGGCCCCAGCACGCCCCUGGCCCUGGCCCUGUACCAGCUGCUGGAUGGGUUUGUCGUGCUGGAGAAGAAGAUCAAGGAGGGGCAGGAGACGGGGAGCAGCCUGCGCUCCCACCCGCUCCUGGGCGACCUGCGCCAGCGCAUGGACAAGUUCGUCAAGGUCCGAGGACGGCAGGAGAUUCAGAGCACCUGGCAGGAGUUCAAGGCCAAGGCCUUCUCCAGAAGUGAGCCCGGAUCACCCGCCGAGCUGCUCCAGGCGUGUGCGCAGCUGAAGCGGCAGCUCUGUGCCCUGUACCGCCUCAGCUUCCUGGGCCAGGCCCCCGGCCAGGGGGGGCCCCAACUACCCCAGCACCUGCAGGACCAGCUCCAGAUGUUCAUGCAAGAAAAGUUGAUGGACUGGAAGGACUUCCUGCUGGUGAAGAGCAAGAGGAACGUCACCAUGGUGUCCUACCUGGAGGACUUCCCGGGCCUCGUACACUUCAUCUAUGUGGACCGCACGACCGGCCAGAUGGUGGCCCCCUCCCUCAACAGCAGCGAGAGGAUUUCCUCAGAGCUGGGCAAGGGGCCCCUGGCCACCUUUGUCAAAGCCAGGGUGUGGUCCCUGAUCCGGCUGGCACGCCAGCACCUGCAGAAGGGCUACACCACGCUGCUUUUCCGCGAUGGUGACUUCUACUGCUCCUACUUCCUGUGGUUCGAGAACGAGAUGGGCUUCAAACUGCAGAUGAUGGAAGUGCCCGUCCUGUCCGACGACUCGGCCCCCGUGGGCGUGCUGGGGGGAGACUACUACAGGAAGCUCCUGCGCUACUACAGCAAGGCCCACCCGGCCGAGGCCGUCAGGUGUCGGGAGCUGCUGACGCUGCACCUGUCGGUGCUGCCGCAGGAGGUGCUGGUGCAGCAGGCCGGGGAGCUGGCCGGGCGCCUGUGCGAUGCCUCCCGUGUGCCCUUGGUCUGAGCACCCCUGACUGCCCCUCUGCCUCAAGCUCCGGCCUGACCCAGCUGCAACAUGCCCCUGCCCUCCUCACACAGCCCCCAGGGCUCCUGGAAGAAACCUCAUCCCAACCCCAUCAGCCUCUGGGCCACGCAGAACAAAUCCCGAUCCUGCCCUCUAAGGGAGGAGGAAUGCUGGGGUUCUGUCCAUCUCUCCUGAUGCUGCCCUGUCCUUCCGUCCCCUGUGGAUGGGGUGGAAAGUUCCAGAGCCCUGGGGUGCCCUCUUACAGUUGGGGAGGGAUUCCUCCUCCAUCUUUCCUCAUCUGGACCCCCAACCCCACCGGUUAGGGGAGGUUUCCUUCACCCAACCACCCCUCCCCCCAGUGGACAGCUUCAGGUACACAGCAGGU